AAUUUUCUUAAAUUAAUAGUAAUAAUAGGUAUAAUAUUUAUAUUUCUUCUUCUUCUUCUUCUUCCUCUUCCUCUUCUUCUUCUUCUUCCUCUUUAUAUUCCAUUGAAUAUUAGUGUAAUUUGAUUCUUUAUUUUUAAUUUUUUAUACUUGUACUAGUGUAAUAUAUAAAUAUAUAUAUACGCAAAAAAAAAGAAGAAGAUCGUUCUAUUUUUACUCUCUUUUCAUUGCAAACGAAAAAAUAAAUAAAAAUAAAAUAAAAAAAUAAAAAGCUUAUCCAAUGCAGUCAAUGCCAUACUACCAGCAAGGCUAUCAAACCGCCUCUCCCUAUCCAGCAGCUGGCUCACCAGCCACCUCUGUAAUGAACAAUGCUCCGAUCCUUGGCCACCCAACAGGUCUUCCUCCUCUUCACCCAGGACUUCCAGAACAACCAGGAUCCUCAGUAGUUGGUCAGUCCCAAGCCCAAAAGAGAAAACAAGUCAAGAACGCCUGCACAAACUGUCAAAAGGCGUGUAAAAAGUGCGAUGAUGCCAGACCCUGUCCUCGUUGUGUAAAGUAUGGCAUUGCCGAUACUUGUGUCAACUCGGUGCGAAAGGAGCGUAAAAAGGGAAUUAAGCGCGGUCCUUAUAAGCGCAGACAGAAGCCAGAAGAAAAGCCUGGAGCGCGUAAACACGAAGGGAUGAACGAAACACAACAGCAGCAAGGACAGUACGCCCCAGCCGCAAUGCGCGCUGCCCCAUUGCCCUUUGGCUACCCCAGCAAUCUUAACCAGUAUGGUCAGCCAGCUUACGAUCCCUAUGGUCAAUACGCUGCUGUUUACCACAAGGAACAGAUGAUGCAACAAUCUUAUGUCGUCAACCCUGUCUAUCCCCCUAUGGGCUACCCUAUGUUGGUCCCAGGCCAGACAGAUGGUGCCAACGGACAACAACAACAACAACAGCAGCAGCAGCAACAACAACAUCCCUACCAGCAGCAGCACUCUGCCAUGACACAGCAGCAUUACAGUGGCAUCAUGCAUCAUUCUCCUCAGGCCUCUCGCCCAUUGAUGCAUGGAGACCAUUUCCAACAACCCCAAAAUCCAAGCCCACAGCAACCCGCCCAGUUAAUGACACCUGUUGCCAGCACAUCCACAUCUUCAACUACAUCUACACCACCAGAAACUGCAGAAGAAGAAGAAGGAUCUAAAUUUGCUCGUUUGUCACAGCUGUGUUCAGCCGCAUUGCACCACACUAGUGAACAUGCACGUACCGAGUCUAACAACUCUCAACAAUCAUAGCCAACCAACACCUUAUACAUACAUAUGAGUGGCUUUUUCGGAGUAGAAAAAAAAGGAUAAAGAAGAAAAAGAGUUUUUAUUUUUUUUCUUAUUUAUUUAAUAAGCUCUGUUUACCUAUACUUUUUUUUUUGAUAUUUCACUUCUUUUAAAAAAAACACACGCACACACAUAAAGAAGACCAUCUUCUUCUUCUUCUUCUUCUUUUAAAUAUAUAUAUAUAUUUCGUUAUAUUUCUACAAC